AUGGUGCAUCAAUUAUCAAGUACUUAUUAUUUUUAUUAUAUGCCAAAAAGACCCAAGACUAUGAAUGAUUAUUUAGCUGGCCUUCAAUGUAUAUCCGGUCCAAUUAAAACUGUUGAAGAUUUUUGGAGUUAUUACAGCCACAUGAUUAGACCAGUUGAUGAAUUUUCUCAAUUAAGUGAUAUUUAUUUUUUUAGAGAAGGGAUCAAACCAAUUUGGGAGGAUACAGAAAACAAAGAUGGAGGUAAAUUUGUUGUAAAAACCAGAAGAAAUUAUACUUCAAAAUGGUGGGAAGAUUUAUUAUUAGCAUUCAUUGGAGAACAAGUAGAUGGUGUUGAAAAUAUAAAUGGUAUCGUUAUCUCAUUUAGAUCUAAUGAUAAUAAUUUAAUUGGUAUUUGGAAUAAGAAUAGUGAAGAUACUGAUAGAUUAUUAAUAAGUUUAAAACAGUUAUUCAAAAUUGAAAAAUUAGAUUAUAAACCUCACUUUAAUAGAUUACAAAAAGAAGAACAAUUCGGAAAUGGAAAAGAUAGUAAUAAUAGUAGUUUACAAUCAUCAUUAAAUGAAAGUGGCAAUGGUAUUGGAAUUCAUCAUAGUGAUUCACUUGGUGAUAGUUUUGAUUUCAUUAAACAACACUCGUCUCCAAAUUCAAUAAAUUCUCCAUUAAAUAGCUUAAAUGUCAACAACAACAACAAUAACAACAACAGUAACAACACAAUUUCAAACCAACAACAACAACAAUUAAACAACUUACAAUCACCACAACAAAUUCAACAAUAUCUUCAUCAAUUACAACAUCAACAAUAUCUCCAACAAUUUCAACAAUUUGGGUUCUCUCAAAAUCCUUUAGGAAAAAGCUAA